UGAUACGCAACGCUGAUUUAUCUGAUACUUUGCUUAACAAUUUGCAAUACAAAACUGUCAUGCAGAUUUUAUCAGUACUGCUGACUAUUUAAAACGGACAUGCAGUACGGUAUGUAUUUAAUUUCUUCAGUUGCUAAGUUUCGGCUAACCCCAGUUGAGUUGGAAUUGGUAAGUACAACAGUGUACCUAACUUGACAAAACGUGAGCAGCGUACAAUACAGUAGUUAAGCGUAAAGGGGAUGUCUGCUAUGCCACAACAUGAGUUAUGUCCAGAAAGCAGGAAGCAUGUCGGUGUGCGAAGAUCUCCCACACCGUCCUGGCCAAUCUGGUACGUCAUCAGCAGGAGCGUCUGCAGGUCAUGGACGGACUGGUGGCGGCUGUCAAGGCCGAGCAUGCCACGCAACUUGGCCUCCGAGAAGAACGUCUGCGUCUCCAGACUGCCGUGGUCGACAAGAACAGCUCGGUUCACCAGUUAUACCAACGGCAGGGAUCCCGUCACUCCAAGUAUCCUCGCAGCGCAUCCCCACUUUCCGAUUAUUCCCCAAAAAAGUUCAACCUUCUCAAAAAUUCCCGUUCAGAACUCCAUGUCCCCAAUUAUUCCCGUCAUACCAGUCCUUUAAAGCAGGAAAACAAAAAAUACCGAUCCCGACGACCUGAGUCCCUUGCCACUUCCCGCUCCAGUCGGGAUGGCAACGCUAGAUGCUCCCGCCGGAGGUUUGCCGAUUGUCCCAUUGACCAUAUACCGGGUGAAGGGACAAUGCGUCGGUCUGAUCAAAAUGAUCUGCGCAGUUACUCUGGUCUUCCGCGAUACUCCGCUGGGGACGCGGGGCUGACCGCCAGUUCGGGGAGUUUGUUCAGCCGCUCCCGUCUGCGCUCCUCCAGCACCCAGACGGAAGUAGAUUCCAUGAGUGAAGGUCCCUUAAGCGCGGCGGAUGAGCAUUCCCUGCGGUUUGCCGCAGGCCGGGCAGAUGCCGCCGGCAAGUGGUCUAUUUCACCGCGGCCUUUCCUGGCGUCCCAAGUCAAUCCCGAUGCGCCGCGAAUGUGGACCCGCUCCCACUGGCAUCGCAACAAGUACACCAGGAGGUGGCUGUGGGUAAUUUUAGGGGUGUUGUUGGUGGGAUGUGGGGUAGUGGGGGGUUUGUGGUGGUUUGGCCUAAUGCCUCGCUGGGUGUACACUUACACCAAUAGGGUCACGGAUAAGUGCUCUUACUGCUGGUUGUUCAGAGACAAAGGCUUAAAAUAAUGUUGUUGUUAAAAUUUAUGU